AUGUCUGCUAUAACUUCAAACGGCGUUAAGUCGCACCACAACAGUGGAACCUUCCUCUUCACAUCUGAAUCCGUCGGAGAGGGACAUCCUGAUAAGAUUGCCGACCAGGUUUCCGAUGCAGUCCUCGACGCAUGUCUAGCAGAAGACCCACUUUCUAAGGUUGCCUGCGAAACAGCCACGAAAACUGGAAUGGUUAUGGUAUUUGGUGAAAUCACAACAAAGACCAAGAUUGACUACCAGAAAGUUAUCCGAAACGCCAUCAAGGAUAUUGGUUAUGACGAUUCGGCAAAGGGCUUUGACUACAAAACAUGCAACGUGCUUGUAGCUAUCGAAGAACAGUCCCCGGAUAUCGCGCAAGGUCUUCACUACGAGCAAGCCCUCGAACAGCUGGGCGCCGGUGAUCAAGGUAUCAUGUUCGGUUAUGCCACUGAUGAGACUCCAGAGCUAUUUCCCUUGACCCUUCAAUUAGCUCAUCGAUUAAAUGCCGCCAUGGCAACAGCCCGAAGGGAUGGAAGCCUGCCUUGGUUACGACCUGACACAAAGACACAAGUCACGAUCGAAUAUAAACAUGACAACGGUGCUGUUGUACCUAUACGUGUACACACAGUUGUAGUAAGUGCUCAGCACAGCGAAAACAUUACUACGGAGAUGUUGAGAAAGGAAAUCAAAGAAAAGAUUGUCAAGUCAGUGAUACCCGCAAAGUAUCUAGAUGAAAACACUGUAUAUCACAUACAACCCUCUGGGCUAUUCAUCAUUGGGGGCCCACAAGGUGAUGCAGGUCUUACCGGACGAAAGAUCAUUGUCGACACAUACGGAGGAUGGGGAGCUCACGGUGGUGGUGCUUUCUCUGGAAAAGAUUUUUCAAAAGUCGAUAGGUCUGCUGCUUAUGUCGCAAGAUGGAUCGCUAAGUCACUUGUCAAUGCUAAACUAGCACGCAGAGCACUAGUGCAACUAUCUUACGCCAUUGGUGUCGCUGAGCCUCUUUCCAUUUUCGUGGAAACUUAUGGUACAUCUCAGAAGUCAUCGGAUGAGCUCGUUGACAUCAUCCGCAAGAACUUUGAUCUCAGACCUGGUGUUAUUGUCAAAGAUCUUGACUUGGCCAAGCCAAUCUACUUCCAGACCGCUAAGAAUGGACAUUUCACAAACCAAUCUUUCAGCUGGGAGAAGCCCAAAACACUCACAUUUUAG